AUGUCCAAGAAAGAAAUUGUGCCAGAUGUGCCUGACAAAACCAAAAUCGAAGAGGGAACUUGGUCUUCCAUUUGGAAGGCUCUGUUUGAGAAGCAGUCGACAUUCUUGAGCUGUUGUGCUGCUCCGGCGGGCGCAGACGCCGAAGAGGUCGUCAUUGACGACAAGGCCAUCAAGAAGAAGAUUGACGACAAGGUCAUCAAGAAGAAAGAAGAGACCAAGUUACGGGAGUUGAUGGGAACACCGACAAAGGUGAGCGUCGAAGAAAUCACCAAGGUGGACGAGAAAUCAUGCUCGGUGCAAAUCCCUGUAGUCGGCUCGCGAUUCCAGGCUUUUGUGGAAGGUCGGAAGGUGAUUGUCAGCUUUCCUGGCGUGCAUGGAGCCGGAUGGAACUGCUUGGUGAAGAACGCGAUCUUCGAGGACAAUGGCUUGGCCACCUCGUGCGUCUUCUUGCCGGACAAGAAAGCAAAAGGAUAUGGGAAGCAUUUAAAGUUCGUGAACGGGAAGCAUCAUGGAAGUGCCACGAGGUGCCAUUGCACCUACCUCUACAAAGACGAUAUGGACAAGGCCAAAGGCCAUGGGUGCGCCUGGUUCUCAAUAUGGGCAACAAUCACAUGCAAGGCGAAUAAGGAAGGCUGCCAACUCAUCGUUGUGACCAAGCUUAAUGGAAGCUUGGGGACCUCUCAGAAGGGUGAAGUCGCGUUCCUCAAGAAGUUAAACUUCGAUUACAAGGAGAUGACCAUUGAGCAGUUUGCCCACAUGGUUCAGAAUCCAGAGGAAUUCGAUCUGAGCCGUGGCUGUGAGCCAAAGAGUAGGGAGGAUGAGAAUUUGCCCGAACUGCCUGAUGGCUUACGACGCGUGGAGUUGCUUGAUCCUCCUCAGCUCGACGAGUAG